AUGGCGAGCAAUAGGACAUUGAAAAACAAUUCCCUUCUUAUUGACAAGAAUUUUAUUGGUGGGAAAUGGGUGCCAUCAAAAUCUGGCCAAACGUUUCCAGUUCAUGAUCCAGCGACAGAAGAGUUGCUUGGAAUUUUUCCGGAAUCAACAGCUGAGGAUGCCCAACAGGCUAUCGAUGCAGCUGCAGCUGCGAUGCCAGAAUGGCGCAAUUUGACAGGACGCGAACGAUCUCACGUACUGCGUCGCUGGUUCUAUCUAAUUCAAGACAACACGGAUGAUCUUGCAGCUCUGAUUAGCUGGGAAAAUGGAAAAGCCGCGGCAGACGCAGCAGGCGAAGUUUCAUUCGCUGGUAGCUUUCUUGAAUGGUAUUCCGAGGAAGCAGCUCGCGUAUAUGGCGACGUGAUUCCACACAGUGCACGCAGUUUCCGGGUGAUGGUGUUGAAGGAGCCGGUAGGAGUAUGUGGUUUGAUUACACCAUGGAAUUUCCCGGGCGCCAUGAUCACCCGAAAAUUAGGUCCUGCCCUUGCCGCCGGUUGCUCGGUGGUAUUGAAGCCAGCAGGGGAAACACCCUUCACUGCAAAUGCUCUUGUGUGGCUGGCUGAGCAGGCAGGUGUACCUAAAGGAGUCAUCAACGUUGUGCAUGCAGCAGAUAACACGCCCGAGAUUGGCCAAGUGCUGUGUUCAUCGAACAUAGUUCGCAAGAUUUCGUUCACCGGGUCCACCAGAGUGGGCCGUUUACUGAUGAAGCAAUCCGGGGAUACAGUCAAAAAGCUGAGUCUCGAGCUAGGCGGCAAUGCACCCGUUAUAGUAUUCGACGAUGCAAAUCUUGACGUGGCAAUUCAGGCCGUCAUUAUUGCGAAGUUCAAAGUAACAGGUCAAACUUGCGUCUGCGCAAACAGAAUCUAUGUGCAAAGUGGCAUCUAUGAAGAGUUUGUCCGUCGACUCACUAUCGCAGUUAGAGAAUUCAAAGUCGGGGAUGCUAGAGACCCUACCGUUACACAUGGGCCUCUUAUCAAUUCUGCAGCCGCAUGUCGUGUGGCCGAACUUGUAGACGAGGCUGUUCAAAAGGGCGCUAAAGCUGUCGCUGGUGGAAAGAAUAUCCCUAUUUUAGGGACUGCCUUCUAUGAGCCUACCAUCCUGACUAAUAUCACCAACGAUAUGCGAGUUACCAGUGAAGAGAUUUUUGGUCCUGUCGCCGCGAUCCAAUCAUUCGAUUCUGAGGAGCAGGUGAUAGAUGCAGCCAACAACUGCGAUGUCGGUCUUGCCUCGUAUGUCUUCACCGAGCAGAUGAAUCGGAUCGCACGGGUUUCCGAAAGAUUGGAAUCAGGAAUGGUUGCGGUUAACACUGGGGUUAUAUCCGUUGCCUCCGCACCGUUUGGUGGAGUGAAACAAUCUGGAAUCGGCCGUGAAGGAAGUAAAUAUGGACUGGACGAUUAUUUGGUCACUAAAACAGUUGUCUUGGGGAAUGUGAAUGUACAACAUCGAGCAUCGAUUUAA